UGAAUGAAAAAUAUUAGAAUGAAACUGCGAAACAAGGGAAAAGUGUGGUGGAUAUGGAUAAGGAAAACAAAAUAACGAGAAAGAAGAAAUAGUGAGAAAAAAAUUUUUAAAUUCCAUUUAUUAAUAAGAAUGGCUUUGUUUAUUGGAAAUUGAAGAGGUAAUCACGUGACUAUUGGAAGUGGCGAAUCUGUCUGUCUGUCUGUUUGGCUCCUGUUGCUUUGUAUUGCGACCAAACACAUGGCAAUUGAUGGGGAUUGUUCACCAAUUUUACUCUGAUAUUAGUUUAAACGACGGAGAAAACGAAAUAAGACAGAAACGCACUUGGAAAACCUUUAAUCUCCGCUAAUUAUUUCUUCACAGACGUGUGUUUGGAGCAACAGGGAAUGCUACUGGCUUACAACACCACACAUUAAUUUAUAUACUUAUAUUAUAUACGUCUCUGUAUUAUAUAUGAAAAAAGAAAGACAUCCAAGAUCUUUAUUGCUUUUCUGUGAAAGAAAAUUUAUGAUAGCCAACUAUAUGACUACAUUUUAGACAUUCCCAAGAAACCUAAGGAAAUCUCUUUACAAUGAUUUAUCAAGCACAGGACCAAUCUUUCAUUCAAGUUCAUUGCUGUGGUCGUCUAUUGAUGAGGGUCAAAAUCCUGCACAGUUAAGGAAUGGAUAUUCGCCGACCGAAAAUGCUGGCUGGUCGAGAACAUCCAGCUUACAAAAACAAGCAACAUUCAGAGCAAGCAUUUGAGAAACUGAAUCAAAUGAGAAAAAUGGGGAAGUUGUGUGACGUGACCUUGCUUGCUGGAGAUACUGAAAUAUUGGCUCAUCGUGCUGUGCUUGCCUCUUGUAGUCCGUACUUUUAUGCCAUGUUUAAUGCUGAAAUGGCUGAAUCGAAAGCCGAGAAAGUGACCUUGCACCAAAUAGAUCCUGCUGCCUUAAGUAUGUUGAUUGACUUUGUGUAUACAUCUGAAAUACACGUAACUGAAGACAAUGUACAGACUUUGUUGCCAGCCUCUAAUUUACUCCAAUUAACUGAAGUCCAAGAAGCUUGCUGUGAAUUUUUGCAAAGUCAACUCCAUCCUUCCAAUUGUCUUGGCAUCAAAGAUUUUGCUGAUCUCCAUGACUGUACAGAACUUCUCAACUAUACACAGACCUACAUAGAACAACAUUUCAGCGAAGUUGUUUACUAUGAUGAAUUUCUAUCACUAACAGCUUGUCAAGUGUCUAAGCUUAUUGCUAGUGAUAGACUUACAGUUCCAUCAGAGGAACAGGUGUUUGAGGCUGUCCUGUCUUGGAUUGAACAUGAUACAGAGAAUCGACAACUUAGCAUCGCUGAACUGAUGGAACAUGUCCGUUUACCAUUGAUGUCUCAAGAGUUUCUCGUCCAGCGAGUUGAAUGCGAACCUAUGAUUAAAUCCAACACACAAUGUAAAGAUCUUUUAAUUGAAGCCAUGAAGUACCACCUCCUCAAAGCGGAACAGAAAGCACUUUUUAAAACACCAAGGACUUUACCAAGAACUCCAAUUGGAUUGCCAAAGGUGUUACUGGUUCUUGGAGGACAGGCACCAAAAGCAAUAAAAAGUGUGGAAUGUUAUGAUUUUAAAGAAGAACGCUGGUAUCAGUUGGCCGAGAUGCCCAUCCGUCGGUGUCGUUGUGGUGUGGCUGUUGUUAAUGGUUUGGUUUAUGUUGUGGGUGGCUUCAGUGGUUCACUAAGAGUCCGGACAGUCGAUGCGUACGACCCUGUCAAAGAUGUCUGGAUCACAUGUCAGAGUAUGAAAGCCCGUCGAAGUACAUUAGGAGUUGCCUUACUAAAUGAUCUCAUCUAUGCAGUUGGUGGCUUUGAUGGUUCAUCAGGGCUUGAUGGUGCUGAAUGUUAUGAUGUGAAGACAGGACUGUGGAAAUCUGUUGCACCAAUGAGUAUCCGAAGAAGUAGCGUUGGAGUAGGAGUCGUGGGAGGUUUCCUUUACGCAGUCGGAGGGUAUGAUGGUUGUUCCAGACAAUGUUUAAGUACAGUGGAAUAUUUUGAUCCUGAAGCAAACUGCUGGCAUCCUGCUGCAGAAAUGUCUUGUAGAAGAAGUGGUGCUGGUGUAGGAGUUGUAGAUGGUUUAUUAUAUGCAGUUGGGGGUCAUGAUGGACCCCUUGUACGCAAAAGUGUAGAAGUUUACAACCCACAAACCAAUACGUGGAGUUUAGUGGCAGACAUGCAUUUUUGUCGUAGAAAUGCUGGAGUUGUGACAAAUGAAGGUCUUUUGUAUGUGAUUGGUGGAGAUGAUGGCUCUUCAAAUCUGGGCUCUAUUGAGUGCUACGAUGCCAAACUCAAUAAAUGGACCUUAUUACCUUCAUGUAUGGUAACAGGACGAAGUUAUGCAGGAGUUGUUGUGAUUGAUAAGCCUAUCACAUAACAGACUGUCAUCGUUUAACGAAAACCUGUCUUUUACAGAAAAAAAGUAUAAACUCUGAAAUUAUCCUGGUGACAAAUGAAUGAAGAAUGUUCGGAAAUGAUGCAGUGAGUGAGAAAUUCUGGCCAUUGCUGACCACUAUUUACAACUGUUGAGUGACAAAUACACACACACACACACCUGCAAAUUACUUGAGAAAAGAACUCUGAAAACCUGCCAGAUAAUCUCAUACAUGUGUGUGUAGGUCUGUAGACACAGACGUGUGUGUGUAUAUAUAUGUGUGUGUGUAUGUAUAUACAUACACACAUACGCAUGUAUGUGUGUAUGUAUAUAUUUAUAUACACACAGACACAUGUAUGUAUGUAUAUAUAUACAUACAUACACACAUAUACACAGACAGGAAAGAAUCACAAAAGUAAUGUUUGUCUUUGUUUUUUAUCUUUGUCUGUAAACGGUGACCCCAAAAGGGUCUGGUUUCAUGUCAAUUCCUCCUGGAUCCAUCUUGGUGUCUAAAGAAUGUAAAAAGAUCAAGAAGAAAA